AUGACGGAAUUGAAGGGAAGCACUGAUAUUCUCACAGCGCUGCGUUCACUUCUGCGCGCCGAUGAGAUAAUCAACCCGGAUUCACCAAAUUAUCUCCCAAGCAUCCAGACAUGGGCGGCCCAGAAGUAUGCAAGCCCCCGUCUGGUAAUUCGGCCUACCUCAAUCGAUACGCUGAGUAAGGUACUGAUCUAUCUCUACACAACCAACCAUGAUUUCGCUAUCUAUGGCCACGGGUUUAGUUCUGCUUCGGCUAAAGAUGUGCUGGUGAAUACGUCGGCAUUCGAUGACUUUCAAUUUGAUGCGCAUUCUGAAUCGGUGACUAUUGGUGCUGGACAGACAUGGUCCAAUGUCUACCGAAAGCUUGGCGAAGUGGCGCCAGAAUAUGGAAUCGUAGGGGCUCGCACUCCAUGUGUUGGAGUAGCAGGCACAAUCCUUAGCGGAGGCUUUUCGUGGCUUUCCAGUGAAUAUGGCUGUAUCUCGGACCCGGGAAAUCUGUUGGACGCCAAAGUUGUCAAGUACGACGGUUCGGUGGUAUGGGCAUCCGAGGAGCCAGAGCUACUGUGGGCACUCCGAGUUGGUGGUGGCGGCUUUGGUGUACUGAUCCAGGUCAAACUCCAAGUAUUCUUAUAUCCACGAAAGAUCUGGGCAGGUCAAAUCCUGAUUCCCCGUGAAAGGUUGGAGCAAGUCGCAGAAGGCAUUGCGAACUUCCUCUCCAAACCGGUCGAUCCUAAGAUCACCAUGUUUUUGUAUGUGGUCAAGGGACGGCUUCUUGAAUCAAUUGGAAGUGAUUUAGACGUGUUGGUAAUUCAUGCCUUUGACGCCCAUGGAGAGAAGCAUGGCCGAGCCAAUUUCCAAUGGGCGUUGAAUAUCCCUGGAGCUAUUGAUAAAACCAUGAUAACCACACUUGCCGGCGUGGCAAACCUUCAAGACAAAGCAGAUAUUGUCAAAGGUACCAUGAAUCAAUUCUGGCAGCCGUUGCUGCUACGGAAGAUCUCAAAAGAGAUCGUCAUCAAAGCGAUCAAAUGGUUUGAAGGGCUCCGGGAGAUUGACGAGUCACUUGGUGAUUGCACCUACCUCAUCUUCGAGUUGCUAAGCUCACGGGAUCUGGCGGGAGGUGUAUCAACCAGCGCCUGGCCACGACCUAAUGGCAUGAAGCAUAUUUUGCUUCUUGGCACCGGAUGCCCAUCGGAUGCCGGGCCGGUGAAGGAGAAGCUGGCCCGAGACUUGGCUAUCCAGGCCCCCUCAAAGGUACUAGGAGACAAUGCAGACGUUGAUGUGCUUCCGAAUGGGUUUGAAGACUAUCAUGAUCCAACAAAGGUGAGACGCAAACGUAUAAAGGCACGAUGCUCCGUUACUUACAUCAUAUGA